AUGUCCCAAUUUAAUCCACCACAGAGCUAUACCUGGGAUGAUGAGUUUGAGGAUGGACAAGAGGUGAAUCGCACGAUUCCAGACGAGGUUAUCAGCAUUUACGAAGUUUACGUUAAAGAGGACUCUGAAUCACAAGAUGGAAAGUGUGGAUUGUCUCUGGUGCCAGGCACUCUGCUCCCUGAUAAUGAUCACCUCCUCAUCAACGGUGGCAUUGGCAUACCGGAGGAUGGCCUCAAUGGAGAAGUGGCUGAUGGCGAUAAAAGUGCUGCCAAGAUGUUUGCCAAGAACUCGAUCGAUUCGCAGACCAAUAAGAAGAAGAAUAAGGUUGAGGAGAAGAAAUUGAAGUCUUUGAGUGAAACCCCCUAUUCUCAGACAAAUGGAGAAAAUUCAACUGGUAUUCCUCAAAUCAUAGACAAAGAUGAUCCCAGGUCGAGGCUUCAUUUCGUCAAGUAUCUGAAGAGGGAAGGAAAGACGAUUAAAAUAUGGGAAUGUGGAAUUUGUUCCAAGGAAUUUAGACACCAAUACACCCUGAUGAGGCACUUGCCAACCCACACUGAUGAGAGAAAUUUCAAGUGUGACGCCUGUGGCAAAGCAUUCCGACAACUUUCAACCCUCAGUCAACACAAAGCCAUUCACAGUGAUGCCAGGCCCUACGUCUGUGAAUACUGCAAAAAAACUUUCAACAGGGUUUCAACUUUGAUCUCACACCGGAAAACUCACUCUGAGAAUAAACCACACAAGUGUCCCGUCUGUGGAAAGGGAUUUCAUCAAAAAGGGAAUCUCCGUAACCACGUAUUUACCCAUACCAACGAGCGUCCAUACAAGUGUGAAACCUGUGGAAAAGGCUUCAAUCAAAUGUCCAAUCUCGUGUGUCACAAAGUAAAGGCACACGCUCACACAGAGAGAAUGCAGUACUCGUGUGGUAUCUGUGGAAAAGAGUUUCCACGUAGAUUUUCCCUGCGUUCACACGAGGAAUCUAAGCAUGGAAUCAAAUAUCGCAAUUCUUCGGUGUCACAGAAUGGAAACGAGAGGAAUGGAGAUAAAAAAAAUCUCAGAAUCAUUGAAUUAUCGAGUGAGGAUUCAAUGGAUACCGAGGAUAAGGAGAAUCGUGAUACACAGAAUAUUGAGACAUUUUAUGUUGAUAAAAUCAUUACCAAGGCUAUGGCAACAGCUGUCAUGAGAAAUCAGGUGCCAUUUGCACUUUUUAAACCUAUCAGGGGAAUUCCAGUGCUUGUCAAGGUCACAGAUGCAGGCGAUGGGAGACACAUGCUGACUCCAGCCACUCCCGAGGAUUUGAGAGUCAAUGGUACGAUGAGUUCGCCGGGGGGUAGUUACGAGGGUGAAAAGGGACAGAUGAAGAUAUCUGUUGUGGCAACUGUAACGCAAACCCUCGAGUCAGAUGGGCAAUUCAGUUUUUCGGUUGAGCCGCCUGAUCCAAAUGAAGAUCAUGGUAAAAUAUUCGAACAAUUGAGGGAUCAUUAAGAAGUUGAUAAACCCAUUCCGUUCACUCCCGAGCCAUCAAACACCUCCAGUACAAGUACAUCAAUGGAAGAUUGCAGUGAACUCCUAGAAUUGGCAGCCCAGGGUGGCAUUCAAUUUGUUCGUGCAACCGAGGACGGUAGAUACGAGGUAAUGAGCAACAGUGAAGCACGUGAUCUCAUGGCACAGAAUUCCCAUGAUGUGACGAUACUUGAGGGUCCUGAGGCCGAUGCGAUAAGCGUCAUGCAGGCCAAUACACGUUCUACCACCGCUGACGUCAUUAUUGGUGAUCAAGACAAUCAAAUAAUGGUCCUGGACGUUGGAGCGAAUCAGAAAUCAUUGGACUCGAUUGAGAUACUGGACCCGGGUGCAAUGGGAUUCUUCGGACAAACCAAGAUCGAUGAUUUCAUCAUGGGUCAGCGAGGGGGAUUCGAGGGAAUGCCACUGCCCAGUGAAGAUGACUUAAUAGUACCCCACGACUUGUCGAGUCUCCUCCACCACCAGCCGGACCUCUCGACCCCUCACCCGCCCCCUUGUCCCCCCCAAGACACCUUUACCUAUCUGAAAGCCCCGCGCCUACCGCCAGAAGACUUCAACAUUCUCGGUGUUGACAACAAUUACCUCGAGGAGGGUAGAAUGAGACUGCAGGACUUUGACGAUGUCAUGAAUGACGUCCAGUCACACAUGAGUACAAUGACCCCCGAUAUGAGGUCACUGGGCCUCCCUUACAGCUCGACGAAGCUCGAGACUGGGUCAUUGCCAAGUUUCGCUGAGACUAAAGCACUUGGGCCAAAGUAUCAAGAGUUCGAGGCUGCAUCGCAAUAUCACGACAUCAAGAUAUUUAAUCCCUAUGAUCAGGGAUUGAGGGGCAUUGGUAAUGGAUAUUGUCCGUACAAUGGUGAUAUCGAUGGAAAUUAUCAGAUGAGUGGAAUUAGAGUUUUUGGAAAGAGGAUGUACGAGGAUAAUCAAGAGAGGGACGACAAAUCCGAGGUAUUUAGGGGUUUUUCGGGUAAUGGGUAUUUUGAUCAAGAGGAUAAUGACUUUACCUAUGCGUAUCUCAGUGGGCUCAAUUUACUUGAUAAUUAG